AUGUGGCUGGCCAUUCUGGGCCAGAACAACAGCUCUCUAGCUCUUGCCACGCAGUUGUUGGUUCCUAUAUGUGAACAAUGUAUCAACUCCACCAUCGAACGUUGCAGUACCUUUGGAACUACUAUCCUGUUGCCUUUGAAUAUUAAUCCAUCUUGGGUAAUGAGUUCGUCGCGAAAAUGGAAAAAUGGAGUCAUCUCCUUAGGUAGAUAUUUCUUGUCUUUUGGCCAUCUGUUCAUUAUCGUGUGCUUCAGUAGCAUGGACAGUUCGUCCUCCGUUCACCGUUGGAGCUGCUGCAAGCGUUCCUCAGUGACGGCGAUCAACUGUGUUGCAUGGACAAAGUCCGGGUCUUCUUCCUUUCCGGGCGUGUCUGACAGGUGCGCUCUUGACAGUGUGUCCGCAAUAUGCAUCUGGGAUCCUGGCCGGGAGACAGUCACCAGGUCAUACUUCUGCAGACGAAUAAGCAUACUUUGCAGGCGGCGUGGAACAACAUGGAGCGGCUUGCGGGCGAUCGACACUAGGGGCUUGUGGUCGGUAAAGGCGGUGGAUUUGCAGUCAAAC